AAGGGAUAUGGACGCGAGACGGGAUUCCAGCCGCUUGAUCUAAGUCGCAUGAGAUGGGGCAAGAUGGACCGGCUGUUCAGCCGGCGUGUCGCAGGCAAGCGCUUCCAAUUAUUAAAUGCCCGAGUAAACUGGGGCGAAUGAUCAAAUCUCCUCUCGCUUCCCCACCCGAAUCCAUCCACCUACGCACGCGCCCACCUCCCAGCCGCCUGGGCGGCAGCGAUGGACGUCGCCGAGUCACCGGACAUCCAGGCUCAGCUCGCCGCGGCCGUGCACGCACUUAAUCACGCCUCGCAUCCCUCCGCACGUCUAGCCGCCAACCAGUGGCUCCUCGGCCUACAGCGCUCGCCGCAGGCGUGGGCGCUGUCUGUCUCGCUCCUCGCUUCCGCGGAUCAUCCGGCCCCUUCCGUCGAUCUACUCUUCUUCGCCGCCCAGAUGCUUCGCCGGAUGAUCCAGUCACCCGACUACCCGCUCCUGGACAACGCCGCGCAGCUCCUCGACGCGCUCCUUGUCGCAGCGCGCCGUUUCUGCCUUGCCCCUCCCCGGCUGCUCACGCAGAUCUGCCUGGCCCUCGCGGCGCUGGCGCUCCGCGCGGAGGGAGGGGUAGACGGGCUUUUCGCUCGAAUGCCGCACCUACCCGACCCCGCCUUGCUGGAGCUGCUCACCGUGCUCCCCGAGGAGGUGGCGCAGGAUGAGAGCGGCGACACGGGGGUCGACUCCGCCACGCGGUGCAGGUUCACGCGUGAGCUGCUCACGCACGCGCCCGCCGUGCUUGAGUUCCUGCUAGCGCAGUCUGAGAAGCCGGCCGCCGCCGACGGGCUGCCCCUCCACGAGCGCAGCCGUAGAAUCCUGCGAUGUCUACUGAGCUGGGUUCGCGCGGGAUGCUUCGCGGGAGCGCCGGCGUCCGCCCUCGCCGCACACCCACUUCUGACGUUCGCGUUCAACUCCCUGCAGGCGUUCUUCUCGUUUGAAGUGGCCAUAGAGGUUAUGACCGAACUUGUCAGCCAGUACCAAGAAUUACCGCAGGCAUUUCUAAGCAAGAUGCCAUACAUCAGAGAGGUUCUUCUUUUACCAGCUCUAGCUAAUAGAAGUGAGAAGAUUAUUGCUGGUCUUACUAGUUUGAUGUGCGAAGUUGGUCAAGCAGCACCUGGUUUGGUUGCAGAAGGGAGUAAUGAAGCACUUUCUCUUGCAGAUGCACUUUUGAGGUCAAUCUAUUGUACUGCCAAUGUGGAUCUUACUCUCAAUUGCAGAUGUAUAGCCUUUUCUAGUGAAGACUGGGAGAUCGCAGAUUCCACCUUGCAGUUUUGGUGCAGUUUGGCACAUUGUAUUCUUGGAAUCGAUGAGCAAACAUCCAAAAGGAAUGCCGCACAAGAGUUGUUUCUCCCUGUUUUUUCUUCACUGCUAGAUGCUCUUCUUUUCCGUGCUCAGAUUAUUGAUAUUGACGAGCAUUGUACUGGCGGAGUAUCUUCCAUACCUGAUGGACUAGUACAGUUCAGGCUGAACCUGGAGGAGCUCCUUGUUGAUAUUUGUUUGCUUCUAGGUGCUCCUACAUACAUUAAUAAGCUUCUUUCUAGCGGAUGGGGACUGGCUAGCCAAUCAACACCUUGGAAAGAGGUAGAAGUUAGAAUGUACGCACUUAGCAUGGUUGCUGACACAAUUUUACAAGAUGGAAGCCCCUUUGAUUUUUCAGUUGUAAUGCACUUUGUGAACAUUCUGCCCAGCAGAACACCUGCUGAACUGAAUGGAUGCCAGUUUUUGAUAUACAAAUCUUUUGGUGAUGUCAUUGGUUCUUAUUCAAAGUGGUUAUCAUCUUCCAAAAGUAAUAUUAAGCCAUUACUCCUAUUCUGUGCUUCAGGGAUUUCAAAAUCCAUAUCAUCAAACUCUUGCUCCGUAGCUUUACGUAAACUUUGUGAGGAUGCUUCAUCAUUCAUCCAUGAGCCUCCAAUUCUAGAAAUUCUUUUCUGGAUUAGUGAGGGUAUGGGCGAGGGGAACCUGCGGAUAGAGGAUGAGGAAGAGAUCAUUAGUGCAAUUACACAUGCUCUAUGUUCUAUUCUCGAUAAAGAAUUGAGGAAAACUUCACUGGCCAGGCUACUUUGUUCAAGCUACUCAGCAAUUGAAAAGAUUAUUGACAUAGACAGAGAUGAAUUGCUAAGGCAAAAUCCUAGUGCUUACGCACAAGCCUUGAACACCGCAGUUCAUGGACUUCACAGAAUGGGUGCAUUGUUCAGUCAUUUGGCGACGUCAGUUACAUCUGGUCUAAUUGAUGAUGAUACGAUUUCGGUUCUUUUCGGUAUAUUCUGGCCACUCCUUGAAAUACUUUCCCAGUCAUCUCAUAUGGAGAACACUAGUUUAUCUACAGCUGCUUGUCGUUCUCUUUCUUCGGCCAUACAUUCUUGUGGACAACAUUUCCAAAUUUUGUUACCUAAAAUUCUUGAACGCUUAUCUACGAAUUUCUUGCUGUAUCAAAGGCAUGACUGCUUCUUAAGAACAGCUGCCAACAUGAUUGAAGAAUUUGGCCAUAAGGAAGAACACAGUGUUGUAUGUGUGAAAACUAUUGAAACGUUUAGCUCUGCAGCUUCACUAUCAAAUUUGAAUUCUUCUUACACAUGUGAUCAAGAACCUGAUCUAAUUGAAGCCUAUGCAAACUUCGCAUCUGCAUUUAUCCGCUGCUGUCCAAAGGAAGCUAUUGUCGCAUCUCGCUCGCUGCUUGAGCUGUCAUUUCAAAAGGCAGCUAUAUGCUCUACAGCAAUGCACCGAGGAGCAGCACUUGCAGCAAUUUCAUAUAUAUCGUGUUUUUUUGAUGCUAGCCUUACUGAUGUGCUGGAAUCUCCAGAAUGCCCCUCUGAUGAAUCACGUGGUGUGGUGCUGGUUCAAAUUUUAGCACGCUGUGGUGAAGGUCUUAUGUCUAACGUAUUUUAUGCUCUACUUGGUGUAUCAGCCUUGUCAAGGGUACAUAAAUCUGCAACAAUGCUGCAGCAGUUGGCGGCAUUGUGUAGCCUCUGCGAGAGAACAAUGUGGAAGGGGAUACUUUGUUGGGAUUCCCUUUGUGGGUGGCUGCACACAACGGUGAGUUCUUUGUCCUCGGAAUACCUAAGGCAAGGGGAAGCCGAGAUGAUAAUUUCGUUAUGGCUCAAGGUGCUUCAGGAUGCUGCCUCGGACUAUCUUCACAACAGGACUGGUGACAAUUACAGAAACCAUCCUGGUUACAUGCAAGGAAAAGGUGGAAGAACCCUUAAACGGGUAAUUCGAGAUUUUGCAGAAAGCCGUCGAAAUGUUCCCACCCCCUAUACUGAUAGCAGGUGGAGCUGAAGUUUGACGUAACCGUUUGGAAUAGCUUCCAUGAGAUAAAGAAGGUCCUUGCUUUGAUAUGGAAUGCAACGGCUCGCUUUGGUGGCACAGUAUAGAAUGUUGAUCCCUAGGUUUUGUCUCUGUAUUAAGGACGUGUUUGUGUCAAAAAAUGAAACGCAAACGUAAAUGCAAACAAAUGACGGUGUUACUGUAAACGGUACAAAAAACUAAAAACUGUUUGGUUUCUGAAGUGUAACAUUAAUCCA